AUGGACCGCGUCCAGCUCGUGCUCCUGGGCCUCCCCAUCCUCCUCUUCUGCUCCGACGUCGUCACCCUCUUCGCGCCUCUUCCGCCGGCGGCCCCCGAGCCCGACAAGGCUCUCCACGCUUUUCAGCCCGGCGACGCCUCCGCCGCCGACGCUUCCGCACACGUGGAGCCGCAGGUGGAUGGACCUGGCUCCGGCACCACCGUCGACUUGAAGUUUUGCGCCUCAUUCUCGUACAGGGGGACUGCAAUGACCAUGAAACGGGUGCUGGAAACCUCAUUUCCUGGGAUUCAUGUUGUCUUGGAAAAUUAUCCUCCACCGUUCCCCAAACGUGCACUCGGUAAAGCUGUACCCCUUCUUCAGUUUGGAGCGAUGGCAACAUUAAUGGCUGGUGAUCAGAUCUUCCCUAGAUUUGGAAUGGUUCCACCUCCUUGGUACUACUCACUUCGUGCUAAUAGAUUUGGGACCAUGGCAUCAAUCUGGCUGUUUGGCAAUUUCGCCCAUUCAUUUCUACAGAGUUCUGGUGCCUUUGAAGUUUAUUGCAACGGGCAACUGGUUUUCUCCAAACUGUCUGAGCAGAGGUUUCCUAGUGAGCUUGAGCUACAGGAGCUCAUUGGCAACAGGAUACCGGAUUCUCCGAUUCUGGAAAAUCUGGAAAAAGAUCUGGUGUUAGAUGAUGCUGAUUCUGAUGAUGCCAUGAGAGACUAG